CAUAGUUGCCAUUGGUAACAGGACUACGAGGACAGGGCGAGGCUGCCGUAAAUCCGGGUUCGAUACUCUUGGUAAUUCCGUUCUAAAGUGCAGUAGCACAAAGCGAUGGCUGCUGUCAACGAGAAUCUGCGUCGCAAGAUGGAGCCGGCCACUGGUCUCACCGAUGAUGACAUGGAGUUUGCUACAUUCAUAACAGAAAUCAUCGGCGGUGUCAAUCCCGUCCAUAAAAUGUUCUUGAAAGUGAUGAUGCUCAUUUACGUGAACACAAUUCAUACUACUCGUGAUUUGAGACGCAACGGCGGAGGCGGAAACAGCAAUGAUGACAAUGAUUCCGCUUCCUCAUCUCAGUCGACGAGACCGACAGUUGUGAAGACCGAAGCAGGAACGGAGGAGCGUAAGAGAAUGAAGAGAUGUCAUUCGAGGAGAUUUUCUCCAACUGGUCAAUACGCAAUUUGCGGAAACCCAAAUAUUUUGAUAAUGAGCGAUCUUCUACGUGCUCAUCAGAGUGCUCAGCAUGGUGCAGGAAGCUCUCCAAGCAGCGACGAAGAGGCGGAAUCUCCUGUACUAAAAAAGUACAGAAAGAUGCUAGGAAAGGAUUUGCGUAAAUUCAUCAAAGCGGAGAAAAUCCCAAGCGAGACUGAAGAAAGUUCUUCAGAUAGCGAAAUUGAAGGUCCGUUACUCACAGCCAAGUAAACUGAUACUAAAUGUAUCAAGUAGACUAAGUUAUUUAAGGUCUACAGCAGCUAUAACAUUCAGCAAGAACAAAGAAGAAAUGUUCAUGUAAAUAGGCAAAUUCCGAAGUAUACAGCCUAACUUACAAAAAUAAAUAAAUUUCAAAUUUAGCACACCCAUGAUCCAAGUAGCGGACGAUCCAACACAUAUGAAAGAAUAAAUACAUACCCAAAUCCCAUAAUAUCUCAUCGCUGAAAUCUUUAUUUCAAUAAUAAUUCUAAAUAC